UUUGCGAGGUCUUAAAUCACCUGAAAUAAUAAGAAGACCAAAUGAGCUCCAUUUUAAAGUGUGAUACUAUUAAGAUGCUUAAAGAUGUUGGUUUUCAUGAGGUUAUUGGAGAAGACCGAACAGAUCAGUACUGCAAAGGGAGUUGGAUGCAACUGAGAAGGAUAAGGAUGCAUUCAUCAGAGAUUUCUCAUAGGAGGAUUAUGAUGAAAUUGUCAAUGGUUGGAAGUCGAAGCUCAAGAGAAGUUCGAUGGGCGAGCAGAGAUGGGGACUAUUCAUCGCGAAAAAGAAAUAGGCUCUGCAUUGACCUAAUAAGGCAUGAUCAAUGUGCCAGUAUCUAUUUAUCUAGUUGAAGGUGUAACUUUUGAUUGCAUGAGAUUUCCUUUGAAUAUUAAUGAGUUUUGUGUGGCUUUAGCCAUGUCGUAGGCCAACUCAGUGUGAUGUGUCCUAUUUAAUGUUAUUUAUUUCAUGUAUCUUGUAGGCUAUUAAGAAGAAAAUCUUAUCCUGGUUCUUAGUUUAAGCUUGAAUGUUACCCUAAACCUGUCUUAAUUUCAUUAUAAAAUUCCAAAUCUGAAACUAUCAUUCUUUGAUACGUAGAGGAACACUCUGUCAAUUUCUACCUUCACCAUUAGACAACAAUGGCAAGCAAUUAUCAAAUGCUUUUAACUAUUCCUUCAUGCUCCCAAACACUUUAUACUACUCGAUAUAAACUACCCAUUAUGGACAAGAUUUUAAAUAACUAGACCAUCAGCAAAUUUUAUAAAUAUGUAUCAUCUAACGAUCAUCCAAAUGGCCACAAUUGCAAUAUUAUUAACUCAUACUCCCACAAUUUAUGCGACAAAUAUCUACCAAAAAAAUAUUUAAAACAAUAAUUAGAAGCAUGCACACCCUAUAUAGUCUAUAUUACUAGUAAUUCGUUCACCUUGGGUGUUGGUAGAUAUACCCUCAACAAAAUCAAUAUCUAUUUGCCAAAGUAAAUUAUAGUAGUAAGUUCAAAACAGGGAUACUACAGGACAGGAGCCUAUGUGCAAUUAGCCCAUUUCUCUAAGCAUACAGAUUUGUGUUUAAAAUGUGCGCAUUUACAUGUUUAUACAUUAUCAUUUCUGCAUCAAGAACAAUUCCAGAAUUCUUGUCUACCAAAUUUUAGCAAAUAAAAUUCAGUCUAUAUGUUAAAAAGAAAAUAGACAAUGAGAAUUCAGGUAUCAUCCCAAAUACUUAUUCUACAACAUCAACAUGUGCAGAGAUAUCUGCUUGGUUAAUCCCCUUUAUGACCAGAUAAUCCCCCAGAAAACUAUAUUAUCGCCUUGUAUCGCCCUGUAUCUACAAAUAGACUCUUAAGAUACAAAAACAUCUGGGAAAAGCUCUAUUAGAUAUGCUUCAUAGAUGAGGGUUGGUACAUAUCUGAUACAUAGUUCUGAAUACUUGUCAAUAAUAAAUGAAGCAAAUUAUCAUUAGAAAGUUUUUUUUUUAAAACUAUGAUUUUACUUUUAGUUAGAAUUGACUUUAUAAUAUUGAACCUUUGAAGGUUCUCCCAUUACGACAUGAACUUGUUGCUCAUAAAUGAAACAUAGACCUUUCAGGAUCAUAUAUUUUAAACAACCUGAUGUGGCUUUCUAAUAUUAGAGAACAAUAUCUAUGUUUUCCUAAUAAUUAAACCUUCUUAUGCUCCACAAAGGAAUUAUAACAAACACUUGGCGUGCAACAUACAGAACAAAAAAUCAGCAACAAAUAUCAAACCAUACCGAAAAUUAACCUAAAAAAAUUAAAUCCAUUACUAGAUCCAAGAAAAAGAAAUUAACCAUCGUUGGCAUAUAGAAGAAGAUAAAGAGAGGUGAAAGCUUGAAUACCAAAAUCUCAAUUUAAACUUGAAUCCCAAAAUCUCAAUUUCUAUCUAGCGUUAGGGUUUCGGAAGAAGUGGAGAGGACUGGGAGGGAGCUCGGUAGAGAAAUCAAUCGAGAGAAUAGAGUUUGAAUCUAGAAUUUAGGGUUUCGGUGGAACUAGAGUCUAGAGAUAGAGGAUC